AGUGCUGCGGUUGCCAUGGUACAGCGUCAGCGGUCGAGCCGGAGUAAACCUCAAGGCGUAACUCGUGUUGCUAUCUUACUGUGGACAAUGACUGGGCAGCGCAUUUUAAAACGAUAAUCAUGACAUUUUGUUUCCAAAAAAACGAUAGGACGAUUAACGUUAUGCCCUCUCUUAUUUAAACGGCAGCAGUGUUAGCUAAAGUUCAUGCUAGCUUGCUAGUAGUUGAAGCUAACACUGGGCUAUUGAUUCUAAACAAAGAGGGUUUAAAUUGCUGUAAUGUUUAACGGGAACCAAACAACGCCAGCGAGAUUUUAAGAAGUCAACGUCGGAAACGGACAGAUUGGUGGCAGCAGACAUUGAAAGAGAGCUUGUGACCCGGCUGCAUAGAUUCUCUCAGGUAAUAGCAUCACCAGGAGCCUGGAAAUAGUCCAGUAUAAACAUAAUGAGGCAGAAGAUGAGCAUAAGGAGGAUGAAGACAGAGAUGAUGGGGAUGUGAUGUAUAUGCAUUUCUUCUGGAAGUGAAAAAAUGGAAUCUGAAAACAUAAGCGACUCGUAUGAAGACAAUCGGGAUAUUCAUCUCAGUCAGCAGUCCCUCAGGAGUACAAAGAAAGAUUCUCGAGCAUCAUCCACCCAAAAACAGAAACGCAACAAGAAUUUCCGGGACAAGAUCCAGGAUGAGGAUGAAAAGGAGGGCAGUGUCAAGAGUAGAUCCAAAACUAGAAUCUGGCAGUCAGAUCCCGAUCGGGACCAGAUAUCAGAUGAAGAGGGACGGAGAAGUAGUGAGUCCUUUUACUCGGAGGACUACGAGAACGAGUCUCCCUCCGAGUGCUCAGUCUCGCAGUACUCCCAGUCCCGGACUCCAUCCCCUACUCCACAAAGAGGGGUGCGUGCAAAGAGGAUUUCUAGCAGUCCACUCUAUAAGACAGGUUGUGUGGGGAGGCGGGGUUUUUCUCGCCCACAGCGUCCAGGUGGUCAACCCCAUCGUAGGGGAACGCAUUCACAAAGCAAGGAGUCCACACCUCCUAAAGACCUGGACCUGGUGACCAAACGGAUGCUUUCGGCUCGCCUGCUGAAGAUCAAUGAAUUGCGUAACGCUCUUGCGGAGCUGCAGCUGCGCACCGAUGAGCUGCAGAAGGAAAAUCGAAUUCUCAGACAGCUUCAGGUGCGUCAAGAGAAAGCCCUGCAGCAGUAUGAUGACACAGAAAGCGAGAUUUCCCAACUGCUGUCUCGCCACUCCAACGAGACCCACGUGCUGCGGGAGCGGCUGAGGCGCACUCAGGAGCGGGAACGGACAGCCGAGCGGCGGCUGAAGAACAGCGAAGAGCAGCUGCAGAGGAGUCAGACGACCAUCGCCCGGAUGAAGAAGCUGAUCGAUCAGCGAGAGUUAGGAGCCAGGGAUGAGCUGAGCCGCAGGCUAGAGGAAGAGAGGGCAAGGGCCCAAGAGGCAGAACGCAAAAUUAAGGAGCUGGAGCGUAGCAUAGAGCUGAGCAACAACAGUUACCAGAGGCAGCUGGCUGCAGAGAAGAAGAAGACUAUCAGUGCCCAGGAAGAGAUAAGGGCUCUGCAGGAGGAGCUGGAACGACUGACCAAUAAACUCAAGGAGAAGGAGAGAGAACUAGAUACCAAGAACAUUUAUGCCAACCGCAUGGGGAAGCCCUUAUCAAGAAAAGAUAUUGACAGCGGCACAAAGCGGAAGACCCCCAGCAGGAACAGCAGCAAGGCAGUGCAGACUGAAGACAGGAUUUGUAGUCCAGAUUUCCCCACGCCCCCUCCCGCCAUCACUGACGCAAAUGAGUACAAUGAGCAGGCACCUGACGAAUACCUAUCACUCAAGGAGCUUGACAGAGUGGACAGGAAAGCAGAGACAGAUGACAGACAUCAAAACUGGGAACAACAGAAGAUGAGAGAAAAAGAAAGAGAUAGGGAGAAGGAUAUGGUGAAGGAGCAGGAGAAGAAGGAGAAGCUGCAAGUCAACCAAGAGCUGAAUCCGCUUGAAGAGAAGGCAAAGAGACUAAGAGAUGGCUGGGAGAAAGAAAAGGAGGAAGAAGACAGAAAGAGGACAAGUUCCCUGUUAAACCAGAGGGAGGAAGAGAACAGCAGGAAGCGUGGCUAUGUCCAAGAAGAGGUGGAAAGGUGGAACCAGGAGUCUCUGACCAAUCAGCAUACAGCAGGGGAAGCACAUCGCAAAAAAGAACAGCUGCUGGCCAAGAUGCAUGAAAUAGACCGUCAAAACCAGGGAGCCCAGGACCCCAUGUUUGCUGAGUCUAGUACGUCUGACUCCAACAAGGGUACCAGUGACCAUUUUUCUCCUCGUCUGCCUGAGCCGAGAAACCAUAACUCUUCAAUUUUUAACCUCACAGAAUCAGAAUCGUCAGCAAGUUUGCACGCUGAAAGCAGGGAAGCUGGAAGGAGAAGAUCGGGCAUAGAGGGGAGGAGAGUAGUGCGGUCCCAAAUAUCCAGCGACGACUUGGCUUUCGGAAGCUACGCUCCCUCUUUUGGACAUUCAGCCUCCCGAUGUUCCUCUGGCUUCCCUCCACCUCCACCUCCACCCAAAGAAGACAGGGACACCGCAUUAGAAGCAAUAGGGGUUUUUAGUGUCAGAGCAGUGGACACAGAGAAAGAAAAAGAGGUAGAAAGAGGAGCAGAGAAGGACCGGAAAUCAAGCCUCAUGCAACAGCUAUUUGGUACCCUAGCGACACCUGCUGGCAACAGCGUGAGCAACUCCAAUAAAAUGGAUGUCCUCAGUAGCCCCCCAGCUGCCAAUGGGAUACGUCCAAGAAGGGAAGGACUGUUCAGCUUCAACUCAGGGUCUUCCAGUCCUCCAGCAUCCUCCCUGAACACCCUACACAUCGCAGAUAGCAGACCCGCCGUCCGUGCCAUCCCCUCAUUUGAUGAUGACAUAGAGGAGCUCACUUUGUAGACUUCAUUUUGGUCGGCAGUUGAAUUCAAAUUUCAACUCAAGUCUUAGAACUAUUGAUUUGUGUUAUGUAAUAAAGAUUUUAACAUUACCAGAACCAAACAUAGAUGGUAAACAAAACCUCUUUCUACAGAUGUACAGUACCAAUCAAAACUUUGGACACACCUACCCAUUCACUUGAAUGAGAAAGUGCCCAAACUUUUGACCAGUGCUGUAUCUAAAUUACCCUUAUAAAUGAUUAAUAUAUUAACCUGUGUCACUAUGCUGCAACAGUCUUAAAUCCUCUACAUAGUGAAGCAUUUAUGAUUGAAUGUAGGUUU